CCAUUAUCUCCAGCCACUCUCUCUCUCUCUCUCCAGUACGACCAAGGACUCGUCGUACUCCGUACUUCGCCUGAAGUGACUGACUGACUGACUUACGCCAGAGCAUCCAACAUCCCGACACUCACUCAGCGACAUCAUUUGUCGCAGUCCCAUCACUUCCACCUGAUCCUCUGUUUUCUCAAGGCUUCAAUCUGCUUGUUACCGCCACCUAAAACAUCUCUCAAACCUCUCUACCUCUUAUCCGCUUCUUACCUCCCUGCGUCACACCUCGUUUGACCGCCAUCUGCACCGUCCUUUUCGAAUUCUCCCGUCCGAGGGACAAGUGUUUCGUCGGAUUUGCCAGCCCGUAACUCGACAAGAGGCUGUUGGCAUAUACUGCAUUUCGAACCCUUUUCUCCCAUACAAAAUCACACAGCCUCACAAUGGCAGGCACACGGAAUUACGACUUCUUAAUAAAACUGCUCCUGAUCGGUGACUCUGGCGUCGGAAAAUCAUGCUGCUUGCUGCGAUUCAGCGAAGACAGUUUCACUCCCAGUUUCAUCACCACCAUCGGUAUAGAUUUCAAGAUUAGGACGAUCGACCUGGAUGGUAAAAGGGUAAAACUACAAAUAUGGGACACUGCCGGGCAAGAAAGAUUCAGGACCAUCACGACCGCAUAUUACCGAGGCGCCAUGGGUAUUUUGUUGGUCUAUGAUGUGACGGACGAGAAGAGCUUCAACAACAUAAGGACAUGGUUUUCAAAUGUCGAGCAACAUGCGAGUGAAGGAGUCAACAAGAUUCUGAUCGGGAACAAGUGCGACUGGGAAGAGAAGCGGGCAGUGUCGACGGAACAAGGACAAGCACUGGCUGACGAGUUGGGCAUUCCCUUCCUCGAGGUCUCGGCCAAGUCGAACAUCAACAUCGAGAAAGCAUUCUACUCGUUAGCGUCGGACAUCAAGAAGCGGUUGAUCGACAGUUCGAAAGAAACCGGCUCCGGUGGCGGGUCCCAGGCUGGUCCCGGUGGUGUCAACGUCGCACAAAACCAGUCCGGAGGCAUGGGUGGCAAGUGUUGCUAAACGGCAAGCCGUGUGCAGGUGGACUGGAUUUCUUGUUGACAGGCCGGGGGCAUUUUCUCGCACUGUGUUUUCAAAGGGCAGUGUUCACAAGGGCAGUUUGCAGGUGUGAAGCAGCCUCUCUUCUUCGAGGCCCUUGAAACAGCGCAGGACACAGUAAAGUGAAAGCGUAAUAAUGAUGCGAAGAUCCGACCAGCAGGAUUUGAUGACUUUUUGUGAUUUGCAAAGGGGGGGAUGGUGGAUCGAGCAACGGGUCACGCAGUAUCCGGGCGUUUUGUAGGGUUAUUAUACAGGAAGAGCAGAUAAAGAAAGCAUUAGGGCAACCGACUGUCCAACAUUGCCAAUUGCCUGGUUGCUCCUCUUUCGCCUCUUUGAUGGUUUCGUGUGUUACUUGUGACGCUAUUUUGCUAAGCAUGGGUCAACUGACUGCAAGAGUCAAUAAGAGAGCGGUUCUUCGGGGCGAUCAAAUUCUGCGGACUACGAUUUGAGAGGAUCAAUCAAUAACGAACAACGAUGCCAGAGAGACAAACAAGCCGAUUGUUUCU